AUGGGAGAAGGGGUCAUCAAUGAAGAAUGGGGAUUCCUUGCCAAAGAAACAGGCUCAGAGACAGAGGUGGCAGAAGAGCUCAGCGUCAAACACCCACUGUGGGAAGAGCGAGCAAAUCAUACAGACAAACCACACCAGAACAUUAACCGCAGAGUCGCCGAGAGCAAGCCCACGGCCACAGAGGUCUUCGCUCAGUGCUGCUCCCCGGUCUUCGCUCAGUGCUGCUCCCCGGUCUUCGCUCAGUGCUGCUCCCCGGUCUUCGCUCAGUGCUGCCCCCCGGUCUUCGCUCAGUGCUGCCCCCCGGUCUUCGCUCAGUGCUGCCCCCCGGUCUUCGCUCAGUGCUGCCCCCCGGUCUUCGCUCAGUGCUGCCCCCCGGUCUUCGCUCAGUGCUGCCCCCCGGUCUUCGCUCAGUGCUGCCCCCCGGUCUUCGCUCAGUGCUGCCCCCCAGGUCUUCGCUCAGUGCUGCUGCCCGGUCUUCGCUCAUGCUGCUCCCCGGUCUUCGCUCAGUGCUGCUCUCCAGUGUUCGCUCAGUGCUGCUCCCUGGUCUUCGCUCAGUGCUGCUCCCCGGUCUUCGCUCAUGCUGCCCCCCCCCGGUCUUCGCUCAGUGCUGCCCCCCCGGUCUUCGCUCAGUGCUGCUCCCCGGUCUUCGCUCAGUGCUGCCCCCCAGGUCUUCGCUCAGUGCUGCCCCCCCCCGUCUUCGCUCAGUGCUGCCCCCCCCCUCCCCGGUCUUCGCUCAGUGCUGCUCCCCGGUCUUCACUCAGUGCUGCCCCCCAGGUCUUCGCUCAGUGCUGCUCCCCGGUCUUCGCUCAGUGCUGCUCCCCGGUCUUCGCUCAGUGCUGCUCCCCGGUCUUCGCUCAGUGCUGCCCCCCGGUCUUCGCUCAGUGCUGCCCCCCGGUCUUCGCUCAGUGCUGCCCCCCGGUCUUCGCUCAGUGCUGCCCCCCGGUCUUCGCUCAGUGCUGCCCCCCGGUCUUCGCUCAGUGCUGCCCCCCGGUCUUCGCUCAGUGCUGCCCCCCGGUCUUCGCUCAGUGCUGCCCCCCGGUCUUCGCUCAGUGCUGCCCCCCGGUCUUCGCUCAGUGCUGCCCCCCGGUCUUCGCUCAGUGCUGCCCCCCAGGUCUUCGCUCAGUGCUGCUCCCCGGUCUUCGCUCAGUGCUGCUCCCCGGUCUUCGCUCAGUGCUGCCCUCCGGUGUUCACUUGGUGGAAGAACAAACUGGACCAGGACAACUUACCAUCAAUCUACAGCCAUACCGCUCAGGGACUUGGGCUAUGUUAUUUUUUUCCUUUGUGAUCGUACAUUUUUAAAAAUUUGUAACAAUAUGUGCUAGUAGUGCAAUGUGCUGUUAGUAAUGUGUUUUGCACCUUGGGUCCAGAGGGACUCUGUUUCAAUUGGCUGGUUGAAUAAUUAAAGUUGAACUUUAUGUUUUUUGUAUAUGGUGCUCUGUGUCUGCGAUGCGUGGCAAGUUAAGUUUUUCAUUGCACUUGUGCAGACAUGGACUUGUGUAGAUGACAUUAAACUUGUGUAGAUGACUUCGAGGAGUGGGAGAGCAGAGGGAUGGAACUGCCAGUUGAUGCCUUGUGGGAAUUUGGUUUGUGGCCACAUUUCAGACUUGAGAACUGUCUGUUUUAUGAUUAAUUCACAAGGACAGAAGCAAGGUGAAACUUGGGGAGGACCUGUAAAACCUCAAGAAAGAUUAACAUCCAAUGUGUGUUCAUAGAACAGGUAGAUACGGGUUAUAGGGUUACUAGCUGAGACACAGAAUCCAGGAAAAAGAGCAAAACACUAGUUAGACCACAGCAUGUACUGUUUUAUAAAACAUUGGUCAAGCUUCAUUUGGAGUAUUGUGAUCAGUUUUGGGCCCUUAAUAGAAGAAAGGAUGUGCUGGCAUUGGAGAGAGUCCAAAGGAGGUUCAAAAGAAUACUGGGAAUGAAAGGAUUAAUGUUUGAUGACUAUUUGGUGGCUCUGGGCCUGUACUCACUGGAGUUUAGAACAAUGAGGGGGGACCUCAUAGAAACUUUUUGAAAGUAACUUUUUUUGAUAGAAUGGAUUUGGAGAGGAUGUUUCCUGUAGUGGGGGAGACAAGGACCAGAGGGCACAGCCUUAGAUUAGAGGGACAUCCAUUUAGAACAGAGAUGAGGAGUAAUGUCUUUAGCCAGAGGGUGGUGAAUCUGUAGAAUUCGCUGCCACAUGGAGGUCAAGUUAUUGAGCAUCUUUAAAGUGGAGGUGGAUGGGUUCUUGAUCAGACAAGGUGUCAAGAGGGCAGGAGAAUGGGGUGGAGAGGGAUAAUAAAUCAGCAUGAUGGAAUGGUGGAGCAGACUCGAUGGGCUGAAUGGCCUGGUUGUGUUCCUCUGGCUUAUGGUCAUAUAGACCUCUGGUUACUGUCCCACUGCAGCAAAGAUGUGGCAAAACCCACGGGGUGCAGAGAAUCACCAGAAUGGUGUCAGGAAUUCUUGUUAUGAGGAGAGACACUCUCGUCUGGGAGUUCUUUCACAGGGAGAUACACUCAGUGGCCACUUUACUAGGUACAUCUGAACACUUGCUCAUUAAGGCCAUAAGACACAGGAGCAGAAUUAGGCCAUUUCUGGCCUAAUCCGCCAUUCAAUCCUGGCUGAUAUUUUUUCUAUCUCCUCCUCAACCCCAGUUCCCGGCCUUCUCCCCGUAACCUUUGAUGCUAUGUCCAAUCAAGAACCUAUCAAGCUCUGCCUUAAAUACACGCAACAACCUGGCCUCCACAACUGCACGUGGCAUCAAAUUCCACAAGUUCACCACCCUCUGGCUAAAGAAAUUUCUCCGCAUCUCUGUUUUGAAAGGGCGCCCCUCUAUCCUGAGGCUGUGCCAUCUUGUCCUAGACUCCCCCACCAUGGGAAACAUCCUUUCCUCAUCUACUCUGUCUAGGCCUUUCAACAUUCAAAAAGUUCCAGUGAGAUCCCCCCUCAUCCUUCUAAAUUCCAGCAAGUACACUCCCAGAGCCACGAGACAUUCCUCAUAUGAUAACCCUUUCAUUCCUGGAAUCAUCCUUAUGAUCCUCCUCUGGACCCUCUCCAAUGCCAGCACAUCUUUUCUAAGAUGAGGGGGCCAAAACUGUUCACAAUACUCAAGGUGAGGCCUCUCCAGUGCCUUAAAAAGCCUCAGCAUCACAUCCCUGCUCUUAUACUCUAGACCUCUUGAAGUCAUUGCUAACAUGUCAGUUGCCUUCCUCACCACCGGCUCGACCUGCCAGUUAACCUUCAGGGUGUUCUGCACAAGGACUCCCAAGUCCCUCUGCAUCUCAGAUUCCUGGAUUUUCUCCCCAUUUAGAAAAUAGUCUGCACAUUUAUUUCUACUACCAAGGUGCAUGACCGUGCAUUUUCCAACAUUGUAUUUCAUUUGCCACUCUCUUGCCCAUUCUCCUAAUCUAAGUCCUUCUGCAUCCUACCUGUUUCUUCAACACUACCUGCUCCUCCACCAAUCUUCCUAUCAACUGCAAACUUGGCAACAAAGCCAUUUAUUCCAUCAUCUAAAUCACUGAUAUACAGCUUAAAAAGAAGUGGUCCCAACACUGACCCCUACGGAACACCACUAGUCACUGGCAGCCAUUAAUACAAAUAUCUAAUCAGGCAAUCACGUGGCAGCAACUCAAUGCAUACAAGCACGCAGACAUGGUGAAGAGGUUCAGUUGUUGUUCAGACCAAACAUCAGAGUGUGGAAGAAACGUGAUCUAAGUGACUGACUGUUGGUUGUUGGUGCCAGACAGGAUGUUUUGAGUACCUCAAACUGCUGAUCUCCUGGGAUUUUCAUACACAACUGCACCUAGAGUUUAUGGAGAAGGGUGUGAAAAACAAAAAGAAUCCAGUGAGCGGCAGUUCUGUGGGUGAAAAUGUCUUGUUAAUGAGAGACAUCAGAGGAGAACGGCCAGACUGGUUCCAGCUGACAGGAAGGUGACAGCAACUCGAAUAACCACUCGUUACAGCAGUGGUGUGCAGAAGAGCAUCUCUGAAUGAACCUUGAAGUGGAUGGGCUACAGCAGCAGACCACACUAGGUUCCACCUCUGGACCUAAUGAAGCAGCCACUGUGUAGAGCUGAACGGCACAGAAACAGGCCCUUUGGCC